AUGAAAGAAGAUUACUCUGGGCAGGUAUUGAACUUUAUUAUUUUUAGAGUGUAAUGAAAUUACACACAUCCAUAGUGAGAGCCUUCAUGUUUUAAGCAGUACUUUUGGUUCAACAGCGAUUCUUUUUUGGAUGCUUUGAAACACUGUCAAAAUUUCUUUAACAGAUCUGCACCAUUUGCGGAAGCGCCGCGGAUGGACUUCAUUAUGGAGCUAUUAGCUGCCGCUCGUGCAACGCUUUCUUCCGCCGAACAGUUGUCGAAAAAUCGGUAUUUUUUCUUACAUCUCAAAGUCUGUGAAAAAUAUACUAAGCACAAAUUUUUUCUGCGUGAAAAGAUCUUGUGACUCAUCAGAAGCUAAGGUUUUCUCAUUAUUUUUUUUUGCGGAAGGAAAACAUAAGAUUGCAGGAGAUAAUUGGUAAUUUUGUACCUUCUGUCAAGCAAAAAGGUUGUUUUUUAUAUUGCAAUAUUAAAAUAAAGUAAUUAGGAGUUCUAACAAUGUUCUCAAAGGAAAAUUUUUUUCUCAAUCAUGAAUAAUAAUUUGAAAAUUGAGUUGAAUUUUUACGAUGUAUUUUUAGAAAAAAAGCCAAGAUAAAAUGAAUUUAUCGAACGAAUUCUUAAAUUUCAAUUAAAAACAGCAAAAAAAUGAAAUUUUUCCUCCAAAAACCUUGGCUCAAAGACUAGAGCGAUGACUGCAUUUUAAAAAAGAAAGGCUUCAGAAAAGAAUUUUUGCGAAUGAAUAAGUACCGUAUGAGUAAUAUUCAGUAUCGAUUUCUCCCUGUUUUUCUUUUUAAAUUCACUAUAUUCUGAUCUUACGAUUUUCAAAAGAGAAAAUUUGAGCUGCGUUAUCUACGUUGGAUCGGAGAUGACCCAUAGUCGAUUGAAGAGGAAAAAAGACACACUGGAGGACGUCAAGCCGAAAAUUUCUUGCCAGAUCAAAAAACCAACAAAUUUUUUGAAAUCUUGAUUUAGCCCAAUUAAAAAAGUCUCCGAGAUGCGAUAAGCAAAAAAAAACGUUUGUUGCGAAUAUCCCCGAGUGAAGCAUCACUUUUUUGACAACAACAGAUGGUUUUAAAAUUUUGCACCGACUUAUGACCACUUCCGCGUUCUUUCAAAUCCAACAGUAAGCCCAAAGAAGCUUAUUUCAUAUGGAGUUUUUUGUGAGCGGUGUGAAAACUUCUUUUCAGUGGGAAUUGAGGAAAAUCUACUUGUCAUAUAAAAUUAAAAACUUGAGAGCCGAAAAAAAUUUGGGAGCGAACUCCUUUUUCGUUGAUGUUUUUAAACGAAGCUUUUUGAGAUUAUCAGCAUUCCGUGAGGUUUUUUUAAGAAAAUUUAGUGAUUGCUGUGUCAUUUUACCGUUUUUUUAUCAUGAAAAAAACAAAAAAAUGAACCCGCCGCAAGAAUGCAAUAAAUAGAGUUAUUUUUUUGUUAAGAAUGUGAAGGAGGAGACAAAAGAAAGCAAACUUGAAGGCAAACAUUAAUUUUAGCGGCUCUAAACAUGUUCUAAAUGAAAUAAGGUUGAUUGAGUUAUUUUUCCCAUAGCACGUUGUUGAGAAGUUAUUGAAGUUCAAGACCAAAAUUUUCAUACAGAACUGCUUUGAAAUCAUUUUUCAAACGCGGUUCUUGGCAGUUCAAUUCAAGCGACACCGACCAUUUCAAAAGCUCGGUCACCGCUGUUUUUGUAUUUACUUUACUGUUUUUAAUGCAAAAACAAAAUAAAUCAAUAAAUAAUUGAAAAAUAGAUAAAAAGAGCGACAAACGAGCAUGCUACGCAUUUUAAGUUGACUAUACAGUUAAAGAGAUAACCAUGUAAAAAGAAACGAUUCGUAUCACAUAGUAGGCAAUCACAGAUGACCCAGAUAAGUUACAGAAGUAUCAGUGCAAAGGAAACGGCAAUUGUACCAUCGACAUGGAGUUGCGAUGCGCUUGCAGAUCUUGCCGGUUCAGGAAGUGUCUUGAGGCUGGAAUGAAGACUACAGGUUUGUUCAGAAGUUUGUCUUUUUCAACCUUUUUUUUGCAAUCUUACACAGUUUACCGUAGCCACGUUUUCAAGGAGCGAAAAAAGCUUUGAGUCACAAAAAAAAAACGAAAAAUUAUUCCAGCGGUGCAGCCUCGUCGCGAUCCGACCGGAGCUCAGCGUGAUCGCAAAAAAAGAUUCGAAGUAUUCCCUAGCACGUCCUACAAAGAGACCGAAGGCUCAGACUUUUGUCCAGAGUAAUUCCUACCUACACCAUGAUUUAAAACUUUGAAACUUGAGUUACAGAACUCCGAGGAGUUCUGAGGUUCCUGAAUUCAGAUCUCCAAAAAACAGGCGGUUGUCGGACUCUCCUCGUUCUCUCGGAGUUAACAAUGAGGUUUUUGCGGGAGAACUUCUCUUUUCAUUUUGAUAAUUCUUUCAGAAUAAGCCUUCCGACGGGGAAGAUACCGACGACGAUCAAUUCGCCAGCACAAGUAACGAACAGGUCGGUUUUUAAUGUUGGAAAGACCUUAAAGACUUGUGCUGAGGCUCCUGAAUUCAGAUCUCCCUUGGCCUACCGGAAAUUUUGAGGAAUUAUUUUCUAUUCAGAUAUACGGAACAGUGAGCCCAAUGUACAAUGAAACGGAUCGAUGCGAGUUCCGAGAUUUGGUCAAUGCUUUCGCUGACCAUCAGCGCAUGAUGCAGCUGUCUUUCUCGACGAUUGAUCAGUUUCUGACCGAGUUGGAGAACGUAUGAAAUAUUUGAUGAUUUUCUCAAUUUUCUGGGAAGAUUCUAUGCUGAAUAAUGGGAUAAUUCAAGAGUUGUUUGUCGGUUUGUAGUUGAUCAAGGACGGCGCGUAGUUCAGCACGUUUUUUUUGUGGAUGUAGUAGACGAAAUUUGCUUAUCCCUGAAAACUCCUUCAUGUAGGAACGAAACGGCGCCCAGCUUGUCCAGGGCUAGCGGGCGUCAAAAUAUUCAAACUAAGUUAUUGUUUUCAAAUCUAAAAGUCAACUUAUUUUAGGGUCCUGUACUGCGGCCCAUGGUUCCUACCGAUGUAGAAAAGCUGAGUGAAGUCGAGCUGACCGGACUUUUUUUCUGGAUCGAAAAACUUCGCCCCUAUUCUGAUUUGCCCCCUGAAGACAAGGUGCUCAAUCAAAAAGCUGCUCCAUGUUUUUCACCAGUUGUCGUUUCAGUCUAACUUGCUGAAACGCUACUCUGUUCGCAAGCUCAGUUUGGAUCAUUUCUACAGCGCUUCAAAGAAUGCCUACCAUGUAAGUGGAUUUUUUCAUGAUUUUGAAUAAUCUCCGAAAUUCAUUCAGUGCAAGAGAGGCGAGUUCGUGAUGAACAACUAUACUUAUGUGCAAUACGGAAAGACUGGGUUCGAAAUGCCCCAUGAUGACUUCCAACAGAUCAGUGCCAAAAAAUAGUUUGUUUUAACUUUUAUUUCUCUGAUAAAACAUUUUCGCGUAAUUCAGAUUAAUUUUAGUUGAAAAAUCAGAUUGGCUAAAUGAAAUAGGGACGAAGCCAUGCGUCUGUUUUAUAUUUGACAGAUGAAAUAAUGGAAAGCCAUUCCAAGUUUUAUUUGAAAAUAUGUUGUGAAACUAUCAGAUGUAUUGGUUCGUCUAUUAUUCAUGAUGAUUUUCUUCAAACUCAUUUCGAGAAUUUUUGAAUAGUUCUCUAUAAAACAACCUGAUUUGUAAUUGUACCUACAAAUACGCAGAAACCGACAUUUUCGAGACUCAAGUUUAAGUCGAUUUUCAGUGCGUUCACUCAUACUUUCCAACGCUUCUGGACCAACGUCAUCUUUCCUUUUAUGCAACUCCGGGUGACUGACGCCGAGAUAACUUACCUCCAAAUGAUGCUCCUUUGGAGUCAAUCGAGUUAGUUCAUAAUUUGAUCUUCUUCUUUUCUUUUUGGAAUGAAUAAGAGAAAUUCGAAAAUUAUGUACUGUCGAAGAAGUAGGAAGACUGUAAUAAAUAAUCUAAAACAGUUGAUUUUUUGACUUUAUAAGUCAAUAUUGUUGACUUGACUUUUAGGUGAUUCCAAACGGUAUUCAUCCAUCAAAUUUGAGGGUCCAUACUGAUCUAUCUGAAAAUUUCAAAUUUCAGACAGUUGAAAUGUUUCACAUAUUCAUGGCUUUGAGUUUAACUAGUGAUUCUGUGGUCUUUGAAAAAUGUCGUUAUUUCAGACAGUGAACAUGUCACCCCGCAGACCAGAGAAAUAAUGAAAGAGCGGCGAAACUGGUGCAUGAGAUGCCUCUUUGACUGGUACGUCGAGCACCGCUUCGAAGAUCCAGGUCUCCGUUUCGGACAGAUGACGCUGAUGAUUGGGGAAAUCGAGGUAAAUUUCAGUUUUAUCAGAAUAGUUUGGAUGAAAACCUUGAAGAAUGGAGACAGCGUCUGAUGAAACUUUCUUGAAAUCAAUUUUUUUUCAAUACCCUUCUUCAAUUCCAAAACAGAAGAAAGUGCCAAGAAAAUUUCAGACAAUCUGCGAAAUGCAUUGCCAAGACUUCCUAGUGGCCAAACUUUUCGAUUUUUGUGACAUGGGAGAUUGCUGGUAGGAUAACAGCUUUUUAAAAAAUAAAAUCUUUGAAACCAGGUACGAAUCUUUGUGCUACACGUCGAUCAACACCAACACUCUCUAUUACGAUCCCAAUCUGUUCGAGAACUUGAAACGUUUUACCGCCAUGAGUAAGUUGACCUCUAAAAAUUAUACGCCGGUUAUAUUUUAUAAUUUUGCUUUUGGAAAUGCUUGUGUAAAUUGAAAGAAAUUGAAUAUUUUUUCACAGAAGCCGUCGAUUGCUGUCCGAUCAAUGCUUUCCACCAUCUGCGCGUGAAGGUGGAGUUUGCAUUGAAAGUUGCACGGCCUUUGCACUUUUUGCUUCUACUUUUCACUUUCGUUCUUCAUUCACCACGACUUGAACACUCUGGCUUCUCUGCACCCUCUUUUCUCUUUCAAGCGACGUUGCUAGUGCUUUAAAAUUCCCAACGAAAUUCAGAUUUAUUUUGACCCUCUGAAAAUAGUUCGUGCAGUAGAGCAACGACUGGAGCUCACAAAAGUUCGAGAAAAUAAAAUUCGUUUGCAUGAAAGAACUUGAAAACUUACAACCUGCUACUUUUUGCAUGCUUUUCUCUGAUAACGUCUCAUUUUUUCUAACUCAAGCCCUCUGUUCUGAAUCAGGUCUCAUUUGAUUCAACACUGGGAUUCUCGAAUUCCCUAUUUAAAAAAAAAACAACAGUUUACGGUAGCGACGGUCUGCCAAAAUGGCGACUUGAAGCCAAGAAACCAGCUUUUGACCGACUUUGGUUACCGUAUCCUAAGCAAACACUUUCCCCUUUUUUCUCACACUCAACCUGAAAAAUUUCACCGGCAUCGUUUAAAAUAUUCUUUUGCAGAAUGAACAAAUGGAAGCGUUCUCGAGACUUGCCUACUCUCCUCUGCAACGAGUACCUGAAGAAUAUUAA